AUGUCAAAUAUUCUCCUGAUACAACUCAGUUGUCACUUUAGCUCUGGGAGUUGUGGAAAGGUGCUGGUGUGGCCCACAGAAUACAGCCAUUGGAUGAAUAUAAAGACAAUCCUGGAUGAACUUGUUUGGAGAGGCCAUAAAAUGACUGUGCUGUCAUCUUUGGCUUCCAUUAUUAUUCACCCUAGUAAAUCAUCUGCUAUUAAAUUUGAGGUUUAUCCAACAUCUCUAAUUAAAAAUAAUUUUGAGGGUCUUGUUGUGAAACUGAUCAAUAGAUGGAUAUGCGAUCUUCCAAAAGAUGCAUUUUGGUCAUAUUUUUCACAAGCACAAGAACUCUUUUGGGAAUCUACAGACUGUGUUAAUAAUCUCUGUAAAGAUGUAGUUUUGAACAAGAAAAUUACGACAAAACUACAAGAGUCAAAGUUUGAUGUCAUUCUUGCAGAUGCCCUUGGUGCCUGUAGUGAACUGCUAGCUGAGCAUUCUCCUGGCUACACACUUGAGAAGUAUAGUGGAGGACUUCUAUUCCCCACUUCCCACAUACCUGUUGUUCUGUCAGAAUUAAGUGAUAAAACGACAUUUGUGGAGAGGAUUAAAAAUCUAAUAUAUGCGCUUUAUUUUGACUUUUGGUUUCAAAUGUUUGACGAGAAGUGGGAGAAGUUUUACAGUGAAGUUCUAGGUAAGUCAUGUACAUUAUUUCAGAUAAUGGGGAAAGCUGAAAUGUGGCUCAUUCAACUGUACUGGGAUUUUGAAUUUCUUUGCCCACCCUUACCAAAUGUCGAUUUUGUGGGGGAACUCCACUGUAAACCAGCCAAAACCCUGCCUAAGGUACAGUCUGUCACAGCUUCCCUUGCUAGGAAAGAGAAACACCCUGACCCCUUACACUUCAGCUCGCCCUCCGUGGGCUGCCACUGUCCAUCCAGUCCCAAAGAGAUUAAUGAGGUACCUCCAUUGGAAAUGCAGAAAUCACCCAUCUUCUGCAUCCAUCAUGCUAGACCUAGAGAAGCCGUCAGGAUCCUAGCUGUGCCGCGGCAGAACCUAAGGAGGUCUGGAGCAGCAGGCUCCAGGUUCGAAGGGUUGCAGCCAGACGGAGCCUGGGGCCAAACGGUGCUCAUGGCCCCUGAGGUGAGUGAGGCUGAGGCCAGGAGACCCUGCCCAGAAUAA